GGCUAUACAAAUUCCAGAAUUGUCACCUUUUCGGUUAGUAGAAAAUAUCAUUGAAAUUUGUGAAAAUUAAAAACAAAUGGACGUUGCAACACCUUGCCGAUUGCAGCAGGCGCAUCAGCGGCAACGGAAGGAGUGGGACAGGAUCGGUAGGCGCCUCAAGCUGCUGACGGGCAAGAGGUCCAGCGACCUGCUCCUCCACGAUCCGCUCCUGCAGCCACCGUUCGCCGCCCAUCCACGCCAGCGGAUGAGCGGUUGUCAGCAGCUGCCGAUGCCGAUGGUCAGGAAGCAGUCCACGCAGAUCAGGCGGAAUCAUCCAAAUAGAUCGGCUAAAUGCCCAGCACCCAAUGAUCCCUUGGAACUGCUUGUCGUGGGUCAACAGCUGCAAAUGCAUCGUCCACCGGGUCGACGACAUGUGCAGCUCCAGGAUCCUGCCUCGUCGUCUCAGCCCCGCCAGCAAAUCGAGGAGUACGUCUACUUCUAUCCGGUCCACUACUAUGAGAUGGACCACUGGCCUCCACACGCCAAGCAGGAGCCGAGCCUUGUGGUGGAUGCACGUUUUAUGGCCGAGCUACUGGAUGAGCUGCUCCUGAAUGCAGGCAACCCUAUUUGACUUGUGCUCCGUUCAAAUAUAAAAGAUUCAAA